AGUUCUCUGUAAUGAAAGUAAUUUUAAUGUGAGAGAGUAGUUUCUUAUGUCCGUAAAAGCUUGUUGAUUAGGAUCAGUCUGUUCAUGCAUUGCGUGUGGAUUCUGUCCCCUUCUCUCCAGGUCAAUGGGUAUUUACUGCAAUACCCAAGUAUUUCAUGUACAUGGAAACUCAAACCAGAAGGCCAAACAGAUAAAACUUCCAUAGGAAUGGUGAUGAUUAAGAGAAAAGACAAUAAAGCCACCUCUUCCAAGGAUGAGAAGGAGGUCCCAGUAACACCAGGCCAAAGAUCAAGAAAACCGCUUCUUGUCCUUCUGGGUCAAUGGCUUCUCCUGCUGCCUUACUUUUCCUCUGCCUGCAACCAAGUGGACCAUGACUCCCUCUUGUCCUUGGCUUUCAAAGUAUCAUCGCCAUUGAAUUGGUCUGGUUCCACUGACUGUUGCCUUUGGGAUGGAAUACUUUGCAACCAAGAUGAUCAACGCGUGGUGCGUCUAUGGCUGCCUGGGAGAGGCUUAACUGGUGUUAUCCCUCCAUCUAUCACCAACCUCACUCAUCUUACGCAUCUCAAUCUCUCCCACAAUUUUCUAUCAGGUCCUCUCCCAAAUGACUUGUUUUCCUCCUUCUAUCACAUCCUGGUCCUCGACUUGAGCUAUAACCAUCUGGUCAGCCAAUUGCCACCCUCCGUGAUGGGAACCCUCAGCAUGCUACAGAUUGUGGACUUGUCCAGCAAUUUCUUCAAUGGCACAAUCCCGUCUUCAUUCCUUGUCCCAGCUGUGGCUGCAGGAUCUCUCACCACUUUCAAUGUCAGCAACAACAGAUUUUCUGGCCCUAUACCCAUCUCUUUGUUCUGUACAAAUGAUAGCAAUUUUAAUUCCCUCAGUUUCUUGGACUUAUCGUUCAACGAAUUCACUGGCCAGAUUCCCCCUGGACUCGGGGCGUGUUCCAAGCUCCAAGUCUUCCGAGCAGGCUUCAAUGACCUUUCGGGAUCUCUCCCAGAUGACAUUUAUGAUGCUGCUAAUCUCCAGCAGCUCUCCGUACCUGUCAAUCAACUCUCUGGACCCAUCAGUAAUGGCAUCAUGCCCCUGGCCAACCUCAAGAUCCUAGAGCUCUUCUCCAACCAAUUCUCUGGGCCAAUUCCCAGCUGUAUCGGUAACCUUUCCAGCUUGGAAAAUUUAUUGGUCCACAGCAACAACCUCACAGGUCCCUUACCUCCAUCUCUCAUGUACUGCACAAAUCUAUCCACCUUAAUUUUGCGGUUCAACAGCUUCAAUGGAGACCUCUCUGCUUUCAAUUUCUCUAAGCUCCAACUCCUCACCACAGUCGAUCUCGGCUUCAACAACUUCACGGGCAAGUUACCACGAAGCCUUUACUCGUGCAAGUCAUUAAAAGCAAUUAGAUUGGCUGGUAAUCAGCUCCAAGGGCAGAUAUCACCUGAAAUAGUGGCACUUGAAUCCCUGGCUUUCCUCUCCAUCUCUAGAAACAACCUAACAAAUGCAACUGGGGCUUUCAGGAUUCUGAUGGGUUGCAAAAAUCUCACCACCCUGGUCCUCUCCGCGAAUUUCCUGUUUGAACCUGUGCCAGGUGAUGAUAGCAUAAUAGACCCAGAUGGAUUCCAAAAUCUUAAGGUUCUUGGUUUGGGUGGUUGCCAACUGACAGGUCAACUACCCACCUGGCUAGCCAAACUUCGAAAUCUUCAAGUCUUGGACCUGAUAUUUAACCGUAUAACUGGUUCAAUUCCGAGUUGGUUAGGUAGUCUGCCCAACCUUUUUUACAUAAACUUAUCCAAUAACCUCCUUACAGGAGGAUUCCCUAAAGAGCUCUGCCAGAUGCCAGUUUUUACAUCGAAAAAGGCCAGUGAUCAGCUGAACAUAAGUUAUCUUGAGUUGCCGAUCUUUGUGCUGCUCAAGGAUGGUACUAGUCAACUGUACAAACGGGUCUCGAACCUUCCUCCAGCCAUAUAUGUGGGUAACAACAGCCUUAGUGGCAAUAUCCCCGUUGAGAUUGGCCGAUUGAAGUUUAUUCAUGUGUUGGACCUUAGUCACAACAACUUCUCUGGCAGCAUCCCCAAUCAGAUUUCUUACCUCGCCAACUUAGAGAGAUUGGAUCUCUCCUAUAACCAUCUAUCUGGUGAAAUUCCUUCUUCACUCAAAAGUCUGCAUUUCCUGUCUUCCUUCAUUGUGGCUUACAAUGAUCUUCAGGGACUUAUACCAUCGGGUGGAGGUCAGUUUGAUACCUAUUCCACCUCCAGCUUUGAAGGAAAUCCAGGAUUAUGUGGCCCUCCAACUCCCAAGCGCUCUUGCCAUCAAAGCCCUCAAAGCCCUCCACAAGUACUUGAAGUUACUCAGAGAUCUAAGACACAGAGGAUUCUUAUUGCACUCAUCUUUGGGAUCUUCUUUGGCAUUGGCUUUGGUAUUGGUUUUAGCAUGGGUGAUAAAAGAAUUCCAAUAAUUGGCAGGCGUAGGAAGUAACUAAAUAAGUUUAUGUGUAUAGACCUGAUAUGUAGGUUUUGAUCCAUGUAGGGGAGUUCAUCACAUAUCAAUAAAUUGCUUUGCAUUUGUCUUUGCCAAAAGAAAGGGAUAGAUUAGAUUUUGAACCGUGUGGAGAUUAACAAAUGUUUUAGAGAUAAAUAUCUAAUCAAAUUACUCUCCACAUGUGAAUUUCACAGAAAAUUGGGAAGCGUUUUAGAUUAAACUAACCUGAUAUAACAUCCGCUUGCCAGAACAAAAAUUUAUUCUGCUAAAAUCCACAAUAUUUAAGCAUUGUGGGAAGUACAUGUAAUGUAACAAUAAGGAAUUGGGAAGGAACCAAUAGAGAAUUAACGUGAAUAAUCUAAUAGUCCAUGUCAACUCUCUCUAGGUCAAAGGUGUUUAGUAUUUCAAUUUUUUCACAUCUAUUUCAAUUUGGGCUUUAGAAAUUUCUAGGUUCUCGACACGUGCGGUGAAUCAGAUUUAUGAAAAAUGAGGAGAAAAGCCCAAACACUGAGGGCCGGGUCUAAUAGGUUAAAACGUUUGUGAAAUCUAAAUAGCAAAUAAUUUGCUCGGAAUAUAAGAAUACGGGAAUUAUAAGUGAAAGACCAGAAACAUAAGAAUUAUAUAGAUGUAUGCAAUUAAGGACUCCUUAAGAAACCUACACUAUAAAAAAAAAAAGGUUGAAAAGGCAGACCCCAACAAAUAUUGGCUAGAGGGUGAAGAGCACAGAGAGAUUCUUUCUCACGGCAUUUUCAGAUCAAUCCUAUCGAUCAUGGCUGAACCUCUCAAAGAGACCGAACGCAUUGCCGACCUGGUGCCGGUCCUACUCACCAGAACCAACUAUUUUCUCUGGAAACCUUUGUUCAUCCGCACUCUAAAGGCCUACGACUUGGACUUGUUCAACAUCAUGGAAGGAGUCGAGCAGUGUCCACCACAAUUUGCGACGAAUGAAGAAAGGGACGAAAAUCCCGCCUAUACCGAUUGGAUUAUGAAGGACCAAACAUGCAUGGCCGUGAUCACUACAACUCUAUCAAAAUCCA